AUGCCCGACUAUGAAUUUGAGGACGAGCAGGACCUCUGCGAAUUUUUUAUGCGAGGCUCCUGCAAAUUUCCUGAAAAUCGUUGUGGACUGCAUGAGCAGCGGCUCAAACCUGGUUUGCUUCGAUACGUCGAUUGGCAAGCUUCCACUGAGGAGCGCCAGUCUUGUAUGCGAUGCAUGGAGAGACAAUUGGUCUGCGACAAAUCAAGUCGCGCGAACACCAUCGACGACCCCUGCUCGGAAUGCCGUCACUAUGGUGGUCUCGGAUGUUCGUGUCUGCUCGCCGAUCUCAGUCUCAACGACGUGCUCUGGCGCAAGAUGAUCAGUCGCAAGGCGCAAGGCUACACUCUCCCGGAGCUUAAGCCUCGAUCGCAGAGGGCUCAAAGGAAGGGUCCGCUCAACCAGCGCAUGCCCGAUGCUCGCGUGGUGCUCGGCUGGCAGGGCCUUAGUGUUGAAGACCUCGAGCGACAACCGCAUCUGCUGCCUGAUGGUCGCAUUCGCGCCAGACCACGCGCAUAUCUGACGCCACCCCCGCAGAAGAGCAUAGAGCAACGGGAGGAUUUCCGUGGAACCAAGGUGGUCGUUUCGGGACACCAGCGUAGCAUUUCCGAUGCCUUUGCUCCGUUUACGUCUGCCCCUUCGCUUUCCGACUCAAUGCCAGCUGCAAACUUUCCGACUCCGCUGCCGGCACCUAGCUUCGCGCGCCCAGUCCACGCUCAGUAUGGCAAAGCCAGUGGUUACUUCUACGACUACAAUACUGGUCGCGGUACGGUGUACUUCCCGACUUCAGCUCUGCACCCCCAAGGCGUGCUGGUGACCAUGCUAGCCAUGCAGGUCAGUGCACCUGGUAGCGGGGCGCCUGCAGGUAUACGAACUUCUGGUCAACAGGUCUACGGACCCCCUGCUCGUCGGCAGUAUCUAUUGCCGGACCGCAGCAACAACCUCGAAGGGUCGCCGUCUUUCGCGACCUCCGGAUUUCUGGCGCGCAAAAAGCGACGGACGCAGCUGAGCUUGUCGGCCGCAAUAGCAGAGCUAGAUAUUGCGCCGCCCGCUCGGUCAGCGCGAGAGCGUGGCAACAAAUUCAGUGUCUUGACAGCUGCUGCUCUCGACGACGCCGAUCCUCCUAUGGCAGAGUCUGGGCAGGAUACGUAUGUGGACAGUGACGAUGAGAUGGAGAAUGUUGUUGCACCGCAGGAGACGCAAGUGCUGGUACCCGCUGCGCCGUCGGAGAUGGUGGCAGAAGCAUUAGUCGGGACUUUUGUAGUAACACCAGACAGCGCUUUCGAGGAGGAUAUUGUGCCGGCUGGUGCCGUAGGCGAUGAAGGGCGUCCUGCGUACCCUGUGCCUCACGCGAACACGUUCGAGGAAAGCGACGAGGAGGAGUAA